UGUCACUUUAAAUAGGGUACAACUAAAGAAAAUCUCAAAAAUAGAUUACGGUGUGAAAGUCUCCGUUUUAGAAUACGGGACAAGAUCCUUGAUCAAACUCAAUCUUGAGUAGCGAAAAUGUUUAGCCAACAAAAAACGGCGCCAUUUUUGCUUUAAAUUGUUUAUAGCACUCUUCUCAUGCGCCACUAUUAACCAUUUAAACAACACAAGUAAUGCUUUUCAAAUGUUUCGUUCUUCCCUCCUCAAACCCAUUUUCCUCUCACUCUCACCAAGAACCUUUCACUCAUCUCUUCCACUUCAAUGGAAGCUUCGAGAAGAAACAACCAAUCUCCCCCAGCCCCAACUCAUCGACCGAAUCUCCCGCCUCUUAAUUCUCAAUCGUCCCCACUCCCUCCAAAAUCUCACCUUCAAAUUCACCGACAACCUCACCGACUCCCUCCUCCGCCAUCUCCGUCUCAACCCCUCCGCAUGUCUCUCUUUCUUCAACCUCGCCACACACCACUCCCAUUACCGUCCUCAUUCCCUCUCGUACUCCAUCCUCCUCCACAUCCUCGCCCGCGCUCGCAUGUUCCCCGAAACCGCAUCCCUUCUCCGCCAGCUCCUCGACCUUCAUUGUACUAACAACUACCGCGCAUAUGCGGUCUGUAAUCAUGUAUUUGCCGCUUAUAAAGAGUUUGGGUUUUCACCUGCAGUUUUUGAUAUGUUGCUUAAGGCAUUUGUGGAGAAAGGAUUGACGAAACAUGCACUCUAUGUGUUCGAUGAAAUGGGAAGGCUUGGCAGAGUGCCUGGUUUAAGGUCUUGCAGUUUCUUGUUGGCUAAGUUAGUUAAUAAGGGAGAAGGGAGUGCUGCGGUUAUGGUUUUUGAUCAGAUUGUGAGGAUUGGGAUUGUGCCUGAUGUUUAUAUGUGUAGUAUUGUUGUGAACGCGCAUUGUCAGGUUGGGAGAGUAGAUGUUGCAGUGGGAUUUUUGGAGAAGAUGGUGAAAGAGGGAUUGGAGGUUAAUGUUGUUGCUUAUAAUGGUUUGAUUAAUGGGUAUGUUAGUCAAGGGGAUUUUGAAGGAGUUGAGAGGGUGUUGAGAUUGAUGUCUGAAAGAGGGGUUUCACGGAAUGUGGCUACUUGUACUAUGUUGAUGAGGGGUUACUGCAAGAAGGGGAAGAUGGAUGAGGCGGAGAAGUUGCUUCGGGAAGUGGAGGAGGAUGAGUUGUUGGUUGUUGAUGAGCGUGUUUAUGGUGUGCUGGUGGAUGGUUAUUGUCAAAUGGGGAGAAUGGAGGAUGCUGUUAGGAUUCAAGAUGAGAUGUUGAGGGUUGGAUUGAAGAUGAAUAGGGUUAUAUGUAACACGUUGGUUAAAGGAUAUUGCAAGCGUGGUCAGGUUUGUGAAGCCGAGCGAGUGUUUAUGGGGAUGGUAGAUUGGAAUUUAAGCCCGGAUUGUUAUAGCUAUAAUACACUGUUGGAUGGAUACUGCAGAGAAGGGAAAAUGAACAAGGCUUUUAUGCUUUGUGAGGAGAUGUUAAGGGAAGGGAUUACUCCAUCGGUUGUGACAUAUAAUACUGUUCUUAAGGGAUUGGCUCAUGUGGGUUCCUAUGAUGAUGCUUUGCACCUUUGGCAUUUGAUGGUAGACAGAGGUGUGGCUCCGAAUGAGGUCAGCUGUUGUACCAUGCUUGACUGCCUUUUCAAGAUGGGAGAUUCUAACAGGGCUCUGAUGCUUUGGAAAGAAAUUUUAGGCAGGGGCUUUACCAAGAGCGCAGUUCCAUUCAAUAUAAUGAUUAGUGGAUUGUGUAAGAUGGGGAAAUUGAUUGAAGCAGAGGCUGUUUUUGAUAGGAUGAAGGAACUUGGGUUGUCUCCAGAUGAAAUAACAUAUAGGACUCUGAGCGAUGCAUAUUGUAAAAAUGGAAAUGUUCAGGAAGCUUUAAGAACUAAAGGUGUGAUGGAAAGACAGGCGAUGCUGCCUUCCAUUGAAAUGUACAAUUCCCUUAUUAAUGGACUUUUUAAGGUUAGGAAGUCAAAUGAUGUUACAGAUCUACUUGUUGAGAUGCAAACAAGAGGAUUAUCACCAAAUGUUGUUACCUAUGGAACCCUUAUUUCUGGUUGGUGCAAUGAACAGAAAUUGGACAAAGCUUUUCAUUUAUAUUUUGAGAUGAUAGAAAGAGGGUUCACUCCCAACUUGGUGGUCUGUAGCAAAGUUGUUAGCAGCCUUUAUCGGGAUGCUAGAAUCAAUGAAGCUACUGUGAUCCUAGACAAGAUGGUGGAUUUCGAUCUUCUUACGGUUCAUAAUAAAUGUACUGAUAAUUCGGUCAAAAACAAUACAACUUUAGUAGCUCAGAAAAUUGUUGAUUCGCUUGAUAAAAGUGCUAUAUGUAAUUCUCUUCCAAAUAAUAUUGUGUACAACAUAGCUAUAGAUGGACUUUGCAAGUCAGGAAAAAUUGAUGAAGCAAGAAGUGUUCUGUCAGUUUUGAUAUCUAGAGGUUUUCUUCCAGAUAAUUUCACAUAUUGUGCAUUAAUUCAUGCCUGUUCAGCUUCUGGCAAUGUGGACGAAGCUUUCAAGUUAAGGGAUGAGAUGCUGGAGAGAGGUGUUAUUCCAAAUAUUACUACGUAUAAUGCAUUAAUAAAUGGCUUGUGCAAAGUAGGAAAUAUUGAUCGAGCACAGAGACUUUUCCAUAAACUUCAUCAAAAGGGGCUGGUUCCUAAUGCUGUCACCUAUAAUAUAUUAAUCAGUUGUUACUGUAGAAUUGGUGAUCUUGAUAAAGCCUCUAAAUUGAGAAAGAAGAUGGCAGAUGAAGGAAUUUCUACUAGCACUCUGCCUUGAUCAAUAUGGUUGUUUGGAAGGACAGAGGACUAGAAAUUUUUGGAUCAAUUUAUUGAAGCAGGGUUUAAUCAGAUUCUUGCCUGAUACCCAUAAACUUUGCUAUAUGCAAAUUUGAACAGGUGCCUAAACACUUAGUUACAGCACACCUGCAGCACAAAUUUUGCUAUAUGCAACAAUUUUGUACCAAAUCCACCGUAGAAAAAGUAAUUUCUUCGUAUGAAUUUAUAGAUCGGAAAUGGUCAAAUCCUCCUGUAUAUUCAGCCAUAAGCACCGAUACACCAUACUUGAAAAUUUUAGACUUUCAUUCGUUGUUAAUGAAAUUAGGUGUGCUUCAUAAACCUUUACACUUUUGAUAACUGGUAAGCAAAACAUGUUAGAAGUUACUCAUAUUUCAUGCUCAUCAUAUAUAGCCAAAUGAGAUGCUUUCUUCAAGGUUGAUGUUGUCUAUCUUGUGGCCUUCUCAGGAUAUUGACUCAGAUGAUUUGCUGUAUAUGUUCCCAACAUAGGAAAGAUAUCGAAGAAGCUAGAUGGUAUUGAUCAAGCUGUGGCUUGCGUUAUAGUUGGAGGCAGAGUAUUUUGGAAGACAUUGUAUCGAUUAAAAAGGGAAAAGGACCUCAUUUCUAGAGAAAGCAUUGUAUUUUGGAAGACAAAAGCGUUAGGUCAAUGACCCUUCAGGCCUUUGCAAUAUCUUGAAGGCAUAAAGCAUAUGUGUUUUAGAUUCUUUCUUAAAUGAAGUCAUACAGAAGUGCUACAGAUUCAGGAAACAAACAGGUUCUUAAUAUUGUAAUAAUUGUGUGCUGUGGCAAAUCAUGCUGUUAUUAUUUUGAAGGCCUGGUAAUAAAAGGGAGCAUUUGUCUUGACAAAAGCAAGGGCUGCGAGUUGUCUUCUGCCUUUUACUCAAGUUAAUUUCAUUAUGAUUUUCCUUGCUGUGUUAUUUAGAAUUUCAAAUGAUUUCUGAUAGAUGUUGUUUAUGGUUUGUAUGUUGAUGAGGUUUAUUCUGAUUAUGACAAUCCAAUUCAUUGUCUUCUUUUUCAGUUCCAAUCUUAUGAAGAUACUAAUUGUAAGUAUUUGUUGUGUGCUUUCACUUCAUGUUUGUGACCAUUAGUUUUCUUACAUAAACCUUUAACUCUGUCAUUUUAGCAGUUAAAAUCGGAGUAUGAUAAAGUGGCCUCUUCUAUGUAAACAUAUAAUGGACGCUGUUCAGAACAAGCUUUGCAUACUUUAUUAAUUUCCGAACUUUGUAUAUGUUGUAUGUUCAAAGUUUUGACCUUUCACUGGCCAAACUCAACAAAUCUAAUUUAAUAUGUAUGAAUUUUAGAAUUUCAGUAAAUGUCCAUGUCUUGAACUGUUACAUGACAGGUUUUAAAGUCUUCCGAUUUGCUGUAAAAAUGAAUGCAAGUGCUGAACCAAAACAGAAACCUUUCAGCAUAUAUCCCUCACUUGUAGCCAGUCAUGGACUGGACCAAAAGAUUGCACCAAAUUCUGAUUCUCAAUUCUAUUUAGACCGGUAACACCUGAAAGGGGAAAAACAUAGAACUGGAAGAGAACCCGAGGGGCUAAAGGAUUAUGUAUGAGCAGGAAAACGGUUAUCUCACCUGGAGUUUAGAGCACCUCCUUUCAGUUAUUAGAAUACUCCUCAAUUUAGGAGACACCUCACCUUUCCGUUAGUCUUUGUUUUCUAUCCUGCUAGCUUUGUAUUUGGAUUUCUGCCAGAUUGAGAGAUCCUAGCAGUAGCAAGGGAAUAAGACACCACAAGUUCCACUAACUGCAUAUGGCUUACUUCACAAGCUCUCAAACUUAAGCUGAUUUUGACUCAUCUCUUGUAUAAUUGGAAGUCUCUUGUCAUAUUUCAUUCUGCUUGAAAGUAGAAAUAAAAUAUUAAGGGGUUGAUUAAGGCUUGAGUUACAUAGCAGGUAUCUUCGUUUUGAUUAUACAUUAUAGUUUUUCACUCAACUCCAUCUGAUGAAUUUCAUUAAGUAAUAUUUAAUUUUUUAAUGAUGGAAGAAUUUGUUGGGCUGCGCUUGGUGUUAUUGAAGUAUUUAAUGAUGACACAUGUUAAAGAACUAAAUAUAGAAAUACUGUCUUAGAUGUCGUGUAUUCAAUUCCCUUAAGGUUGAAAUAUUGUUCUUUUCAGUAAAUAAAACUUUUAUUGUAUCAUUCCUUAACAUGUACCUUUAGGACUCUUUUUUUAAUGGCAAACUUUUAGUAGUUAAUUGUUAGUAUUAUAUUUACCCCCUUUGCCAGGACUUGAACCUGAAUCUUCAACUCGUUUAGGACUCUUGUUAGGAGGACCCUUUAAUGACUGAGUAAAUAUUUUUAAGUGAGUAAAAAUAACAAAUUUUAUGGAUGAAUAUGAUCAAUUGAUAAUUACUGGGUAUUCUGAGUUAGUAGCUUUUGAAGGAAAAAAAUCCUACUUGUUUAGAUAUAGAUAGAUCACUAAUUGUAUUUGCAGGACUGAAUAACCCGUGAGCAACAUUCUUAUGUGGAUGUAGAACAUGGAUAAUGGAUGACAUCAAAUCCAAAAAUGGAAAAAUCUCAUGUUGGUGUAUUCUCUUUCAGAAUUGAUAUGAGGUGAUGGAAAUGGGACCUGAAGCUAACUUUUGGAGAUAGGCUGGCACAAAAGCUCAUGUAGUAAUUGGUGGGGAUAGUCUUAAAGAGAAUCUCUAUUUUGAGCCUCCCAGCUGGUUUGUGUUAGUCACUCACUCUGGCUUAUCCUCUGCUUACAUGUAACAGGGUGGAAAACAUGACUUGAUGAUAGCUGGAUAUGAAUGGCAUGAAGUUGAAGCAAGAUUGAGAAAAUCAUUCGAUAAGGGAACAUGAAUAUCUAACUAACGGGCCAGUAAUUGUAUUGAUUAGAUCAGUUUUUAAUUGGAAUAUGUUCCCUACUUCACUUUUCCUACCACACCAAGUAGUUGAUGUCUCAAUUGUGUUUUUGGACCACACCAUAUGCAAAAACCAUGUUUUGUGGUCCUAAGUAUUGCAUAAUCCUUUUCAUGUUAUGAAAUAAUUCUAUAAU